AUCGAGUGACGUCCCCCUUUCACAAAAAAAAAAACUAGAAACUCAUAGUUUUAGAGAAAUGUCGAUCUGGGAAAAACUAAGCGACCCUGAUCGUCUGGAGAAGCUGAAGGCCUUCGACGCAACCAAAGCUGGUGUCAAAGGGAUUGUCGAUGCGGGAAUCACCAAAGUCCCACCCAUGUUUGAGCGUCUAAAGAAAUAUCCCUCGACUGCCGGCGACUGCAAGAUAUCUGCUGGCCAGUUCAGUAUACCGGUGAUUGAUCUUGCUGACAAUGGAGAAAGAAGUGCCGAGGUUACCGACCAAGUCCGGAAGGCCGCAGGGAGCUAUGGGCUCUUCCAGGUGGUGAACCAUGGGAUUCCCCAUAGAGUGAUGGAGGAGAUGAUCGAGGGGACGCUAGGAUUUCACGAGCUGCCGGGGGAGACCAAGGCCGAGUACUAUGGCAGGGAGCUGGCAAGGAAGGUCAAGUUCUUCUCUAGCAAUAGCAUGUACGAGUUGAUGUACGGUGAAUGGAGGGACACUUUGCAAUGCACCAUAAGUGACGGGCAGUUUGAUCCUCAAGAAAUUCCUCUCGUUUGCAGAGAUAUAGUUAUGGAGUAUUCUAAACAUGCUCAGAAGUUAGGUGUCAUCUUGUUUGAACUGCUAUCGGAGGCGCUUGGACUCAAACCCGAUUACCUCAAAAACUUGGGUUGCGUUGGGGGCUUAGCUUUUAGUAAUCACUACUAUCCCCCAUGUCCUGAACCUGAACUUGCUAUUGGCACUAUUGAACACUCCGAUGUCGAUUUUCUGACCAUCCUACUUCAAGACCAAAUUGGUGGACUGCAGUUUUUGCACCAAAACCAGUGGAUAGAUGUUCCUCAUGUACCUGGAGCUCUAGUGGUAAACAUUGGAGAUCUCUUGCAGCUAAUGUCAAACAACAAGUUCAAAAGCGUGAAUCACAGAGUAUUGGCUAAGAAGAUAGGUCCAAGAAUUUCCGUGGCAUGUUUCUUUAGACCCUUACUAGAAGACCCUAGGAGAUUGUGUGGGCCAAUCAAGGAGUUGAUAUCAGAAGAGAAUGCUCCAGUUUACCGGGAAAUAUCUAUGAAAGAUUAUAUUAUGUGCCACUACAAGCGAUGGGAAGCGUAUGAGGUCUCGGGGCUAGAAAGCUUGAAGCUGUGAUCAACCUAUACAUGCAGAAGUUUCACCCUCAACAUCUAUAUAUGGGUCUAAUACUAGUUUAUGUAUUUCAUUUCUGAAGAAAUAUUCUUGUUAAAAUAAAUUCUAUGCGAAUCUGUGAGAUUGAAUAAACUUCUUGGAAAAUGGUUUAUAGCCGUUUUGAUACAAUUGAGUUUCUGCAA